CGUGACCGGGCGCGUCAAUGCGCACUGGAGACUGGAGACGGAGCAAGGGCACCCAAACCAUCCGCCUCAUUUACAGACAGAGAGCCCUUUAGCCCGGACCAGAUCAGCUGUCUGCUCGCUUUCCUCCACGCUCAGCCACGGAAACUCCGUGAGAGAUACGAUUUUGGAUUAUUUUAUCUGGAGGGAUUGCUAAAAGCAGGCUCGCUGCGUGGACGCAAAAAAGAAAAAGAAAAACGGAGGGUCUUGCUGUGGCUUUACAAACGCGACUCAACUCCGGUGGGAGACCUGGAUUUUUUUCUCCUUGGCUCACUAUUUUACCAGAAGACCUCAUCCACUACAUACUAAAAUAUACAUUUAAAGGUGGGGAGCCCCAGUUCGUGCGCUCGGAUGAAGGAUUUUGUGGAUUAUGCUACUCAAGACGCGGCGGAGAGCUUCGCUUUUUCAUGGGAUGAUUGCGCCAGCGUUGAGGCUUAAUUAGGCCUUAGGUUUUUCUUAUAAGUACCAGUUAGUUGUGACUUGAAUAAACAUUUCUGACAGCGUUUUUCCCCCCGCUGUAAACCGUCACGGCGUUUUUUUAAAGGGGUCAGUUCACAGCGCCGGAUUGCACAAAACUGUAACGCAUUCGGGCUUCACGCAGCUCCGCUGCUGCAGGUUUCCUGCUCCGGUUUGGUGUUUCUAAGCUCAUAGAUGUGAUCUUUUUUUUUUUUUGUAUUCUGAUCGUGGAAACGUUGGCUGUCCCGCCAACCUCGAGCGCUUUCUGGUGACCUUUCUGCAGGAAAAACAGCUUCAGAGACUGGCGCAUGCUAUAGAUUUCCUCUGCUUCUCCAGCUCCCAGUUUUUCCACCGUUUUCUCUCAGGCUGCUUGUCAUUGCCUGGACUCGGAUCCCGGAAUCUUCAUGAUUUGCGGACACCAUGCUCGUUUUUUAGCCGGGAAACCCUCUUUUCGUCCCGCAUGUUUAGGACCAAACGAUCGGGGCUCGUCCGGCGACUCUGGAGGAGCCGUGCGCCCGUGGAGGGCGACGGGGAGACGGAUAGAGGGACGCAUGGCUCCGGGGGCUGCUGCAUGGGCAAAGCGACAAAAGUGGCCAAGUCCAACGCGGGGUCGGAGGCCGAAUUGAAGGCGUUGACCCACUCGGUACUGAAAAAGAUCAAAGAAAAACAAUUAGAGGUGCUUUUGCAGGCGGUGGAGUCCAAGGGGGGCGUCCGGAGCCCCUGCCUUCUCCUGCCCAGCAAAGUGGACGCCAAAGUGGGUCAACAGUCUUACUCCCUCCCCAUGCUGCUCUACAAAGUGUUCAGGUGGCCGGACCUCAGGCAUUCCUCGGAGCUGAAGAGGCUGUCGUGCUGUGAAUCUUACGGGAAAGCCAACCCCGAGCUCGUUUGCUGCAACCCUCACCACAUGAGCAGGCUCUGUGAACUCGAGUCUCCUCCUCCUCCUUAUUCGCGAUAUCCCAUGGACUAUUUGAAACCACCAGAUUCUCCAGGCUCUGGACCUUCAUCCAGUGACACUGGAGGAACCACAUACUCGGCCCCUGUGGGGCUUUCAGAUUCUUUGGCGUUGCAGGACUCUGAGCGAGGCUAUUGGUGCGUGGUGGCUUACUGGGAGGAGAAGACACGCGUUGGGCGCCUCUAUUCGGUCCAGGAGCCCUCUCUGGACAUUUUCUAUGAUCUACCUCAAGGGAACGGCUUCUGCCUGGGCCAGCUCUGCUCCGACAACAAGUCCCAACUGGUGCAGAUGGUGCGGAGCAAGAUCGGUUAUGGCAUCCAGCUGACACGCGAGCCAGACGGAGUGUGGGUCUACAACCGCAGCUGCUACCCUAUCUUCAUCAAGUCGGCCACACUGGACAACCCAGACUCACGCACGCUGCUGGUGCACAAGGUGUUUCCUGGAUUCUCCAUUAAAGCUUUUGACUAUGACAAGGCCAACAGCCUCCAGAGGCCAAACGACCACGAGUUCACGCAGCAGCCUCGCACAGGCUUCACGGUGCAGAUAAGCUUUGUGAAAGGCUGGGGACAAUGCUACACCAGACAGUUCAUCAGUAGUUGCCCAUGCUGGUUAGAAGUCAUCUUCAACACCCGAUAGCAGCAGCCUUUUCCCUCGUCACCCUCAUCCUCGGAAAAAAAAUACUUCACCCAUCUUUCUUUUUUCGUUCCAGCGGCUCAAACACAGAAAAAAAAGGAUUUAAAAGAAGAAGAAGAAAGUUUAAAAUCCUGACAGACUUUGUUUCAUAAUUGACUGAAAUUUAAUUAAAGAAGAAGUGAAAAAAAUGUAUUUUAUGUUAAAUAUAAAUAUAUUAUUAAUUGUAAAUAUGAAGAUGUUUUAUAUGCAUCAUUAUUUAUGUAUUGUGCAAUGUGUUGAUGAGAAAAAAACAAGAUGCACUUUGCUUAAUAUAAGUACAAAAACAAAGAAAUGCCAAAA